AUUGACUCAUCACAGGAGAGUACGACGAUGGAACAACAAAAAGAUUUGGACCAUAAAGUCAACAAGCUGAAGAAGAGUGUGCAGGAAAUAGAACAGGACAUUCAGGUUUUGGAAGAUCUGCAAGAUGAGUAUGACUUCAAGAGAGAGACUUUGGAGGGUCAAGUGGAGGCUGAAACAAAGGGUCGGACAACAACAGAGAUGCAACAGGAGGAAACGGCCAUUAGACAAAUGUUUACUGUCCUUAACAUAAAAACAGAGGUGGUGAUAAAGGAAAUGGCUAAUGUACUGACUCUAGCAGAGCAGAUCCAGCUCACACUCAUAUCAGAUGAGUUACCCGAGUGGAAGAAGCGGCAGCAGAUGGCUUGCAUGGGUGGUCCGCCCAAUCCGUGUCUGGACCAGCUGCAGAGCUGGUUCACAGUGGUGGCAGAGUGUCUGCAGCAGAUCCGUCAGAAAGUUCAGGAACUGGUGCAGAAGUUCACCUACAACAACGACCCGCUCACUCUGAGAAAGAGCCAGCUGGAUGAACAGGCACUUUCACUCUUCAAAAACCUUAUAUCAAAUUCUCUUGUAGUGGAGAGACAGCCGUGUAUGCGCACACAUCCCCAGAGACCCUUGGUGUUGAAGAUGGGAGUUCAGUUCACAGUCAAGAUCAGACUAUUAGUCAAACUUCCUGAACUGAACUGUCAACCCAAGGUCAAAAUAUCGAUUGACAAAGGUUUUUCUGAGAUGGAUACAGUGAAAGGAUUUCGGAAUUUCUUGUUGUUAACUAAUCAUAUCAAAGUUAUGAACUUGGAUGAAUCUAGUAGAUGUCUUGCAGCUGAGUUCCCUUAUUUGGUCUUAAAUGAGAAAAGACCUAGCAACAGAACAAAUGAGCGGUCUCUCUCUCUCACCGUGUAUGAGGAGCUGCACUUAAUCAGCUUUGACACGCAGCUCAUUCUGCCUGAUCUUUGCAUUGAUUUAUUGAUCACAUGUCUUCCUGUGGUGUUGAUCAACGGUUUUCAUAUGUUAGCUAGUGCCUGGGGCUCCAUCUUAUGGUACAACAUGCUCUGCAGUGAACCCCACAAUCUGACGUUCUUCUUGAAUCCGCCACCAGUGAAAUGGGAGCAGCUUUCAAAGGUCAUAAGCUGGCAGUUUUCUUCUGUCACUAAACGAGCGCUGAACUCUGAGCAGCUGAGAACGCUGGCCGACAAACUUCUUGGUCAUGAAACCCAAGAUGACCCAGAGGGACUCGUCCACUGGAAAACAUUGUUCAGUAUGUCUUCAUCUCUAGAUGUUGAGAGUGGUGGUUCACUCUUGCACUGGAUAUAUGAGCAUCUGCAACUUACUAAAUCAUAUGUUCUCAGCAUCUGGAAUGAUGGGUAUAUAAUGGGUUUUUUGAGUCAAGAGAGAGAGAAGGCUUUGUUGAUAGACAAACUCCCAGGCACUUUCCUUCUGCGCUUCAGUGAAAGCUGUCGAGGAGGAGGAAUCACCAUCACAUGGGUGGAGCAUUCACAGGACGGUGAACCUGGGGUCCAUUCAACAAAGCCGUACACUAGGGCAGAUAUGAACAGAAUCCCUUUACCGAACUUAAUCCGUGACUAUACCGUCACCGCUGGAGAGGAGGAUCCAGUGAAUCCCCUCGUCUACCUUUACCCAGACAUCCCAAGAGACGUCGCCUUUGGUCGCUACUAUACCAGCGCAUCUGAUGGUAGAGACUUACAUUUACAUAUACAGUAG